GAGAAGUUGAGUGAGAAAGCGAAAGAUAAAGAGAGGAGGGGAGUUGAGUGAGUGAGAGAGAGAGAGAGCGAGAGAGAGAGAGAGAGAGAGAGAGAGAGAGAGGAGAGGAGAGCGCCUUCUCUCCUGGUGCACUUGGCAGUUAGUUGCGGGCUGCUGUGCUGUUGCUGUCGUGGCGGUGUGGCUGGUCGCGCCAGGCGGGGGAACUUUACCACACUGGAGCCCGAAGUCCCACUCUCUCACCUGCGCAGUUCGGAGCUGCCAUGGGUCUAGCGCCUGGAUUUACUAUCUUCGUCCUCUUUCCGGCCUUUCUGCACACGGGCGGCCUUUACAUCGCCAGUAGCGUUGGCUCCCUGCAGCAUGUCCUGGGGGAGUAUGGACUGGUGAGGCCGAUCACCGUGGACGCAGAGGGCCGCUUCCUGUCGCAUGCCGUUUCAGCUGGCCGCACAGCCGGGGGGCAGCCCCGUAGGCGCUGGAGAAGGGAGGCUGGAGGUGGCGGAGGAGGAGGUAAUGACGAGCUGGAAGGACAGGGAGGAAUCAGGGAAGAGGAAGAGCGGGAAGCCCGACGUGACAAGCUUUACUACAACGUCACCGUCUUCGGCCGGGAGUUCCACCUGCGCCUGCGCCACAAUGCCAGGCUGGUGGCCCCCGGAGCCAAGAUGGAGUGGCGUGAUGACAGUGACAGCAUUCGGCGCUCUGAGCCACUGCAUGGCGACUGCCUGUAUGUGGGCGACGUCACUGACACGCCAGAGCCACUGUAGCUAUCAGCAACUGUGAUGGCCUGGCUGGUAUGAUCAGGACGGAGCAGGAGGAGUUUUUCAUCGAACCGGUGGAGAAGGGUGAGGGAGUGAUAGAGGAGGAGGAGGAGGAGGGAGGAGGGAGGACACACAUUGUCUACCGUUCCUCAGCCGUAAAGAACACGCCCAGCAGCAGCUCAGCGGCAGAAUACCAGUCCAGAGCAGCAGCAUCCCUGGGUGGUCUGAUGGACUUGGAGUCUCUGUACCAAGGCGUGGAGCGGAGUAUCAACCAGAGCAGGGCAGAGCGCAUCCGCAGACAGGUCCCUGACAGGGCUUACAACAUCGAGGUGCUGCUGGGCGUGGACGACUCCGUGGUCCAGUUUCAUGGCAAGGAGGACGUCCAGAAAUACUUGCUUACACUCAUGAACAUUGUGAAUGAGAUCUACCAUGACCAGUCUUUGGGAGCCAGGAUAAAUGUGGUGCUGGUGCGGAUUAUCAUGCUGGGCUAUGGAAAGUCUAUGAGUCUGAUUGAACUGGGAAACCCAUCUCAGAGUCUGGAGAAUGUGUGUCGUUGGGCAUUCCUGCAGCAGAAGAAGGACAAGGGGGAUGCCGAGCAUCAUGACCAUGCCAUCUUCCUCACGCGGCAGGAAUUUGGCCCCACUGGCAUGCAGGGUUACGCUCCAGUGACGGGUAUGUGCCAUCCGGUACGUAGCUGCACUUUAAACCAUGAGGAUGGAUUCUCCUCUGCCUUCGUGGUGGCACAUGAGACAGGACACGUGCUGGGGAUGGAGCACGACGGCCAAGGAAAUCUUUGUGGGGACGAGGUGCACAUGGGGAGCAUCAUGGCCCCACUGGUGCAGGCGGCCUUUCAUCGCUUCCACUGGUCUAAAUGUAGCAUGGAAGAGCUGAGACGCUUCCUCCAUUCCUAUGACUGCCUCCAUGAUGACCCAUUCGACCAUAACUGGCCAUCGCUGCCUCAACUUCCCGGCCUGCACUACUCCAUGAACGAGCAGUGUCGCUUUGACUUCGGUGUGGGCUACACAAUGUGCACCGCGUAUCGAACCUUUGACCCAUGUAAGCAGCUGUGGUGCAGCCACCCAGACAAUCCCUUCUUCUGCAAGACCAAGAAAGGACCGCCCAUCGAUGGCACUAUGUGUGGAAACGGGAAGCACUGCUUCAAAGGUCACUGCAUCUGGUUGACCUCUGACAUCAUCAAGCAGGACGGUAACUGGGGCUCCUGGAGUUCAUUCGGCCAGUGUUCUCACACCUGUGGUGGAGGAGUGCAGUUUCGUGAACGCAAUUGUGACAAUCCAAGACCAGCCAACGGAGGUCGCACCUGUGUGGGAGCAACCUACCAGUUUCAGAUGUGCAACACCGACGAGUGCGAGGGUAUCUACAGCGACACAAGAGAGGAACAGUGCCAGGCCUGGGACGCCCGCUUCGACUUCAACAACAACAAGCACCACUGGCUGCCUUAUGAACACCCAGAGACUAAUAAACGUUGCCAGCUACACUGCCGGUCCAAGGAGACGCGAGAUGUGGUGUAUAUGAAGAAGAUGGUCCUUGAUGGCACACGCUGCUCAUACAAGGACCCCUACAGCAUGUGCGUGCGUGGCGAGUGUGAGAAAGUAGGCUGUGAUGGAGUACUUGGCUCCUCCAAGCAGGAGGACAAGUGUGGUGUAUGUGAUGGAGACAACUCCAGCUGUAAAACCUUCAAAGACACCAUCACCCGCAUCGCCAAAAAGCAAGUGGUGAAGAACACCGCAUCAGGACUGAUCUUCUUGAAUGGGGGAAAUGAAUUCCCAGAAUCCCGUUCGGUGAUAGAAACGGGUGCCGAGUGGGAGUAUGAGAAUGAAAAUGAAAAAGAGACACUUCAGACAAUUGGUCCCCUCAGACAUGGAGUUCUUAUCAUGAUGCAGUUACACGGAGAUGAGGAUGUGAACUUGUCCUAUAAGUACAUAAUGAACAUGGACAGUGACUCGGCCAUUCAGGACAACAUGCUAGUGGAGGACAGUACCUACGAGUGGGCCCCUAAGAAAUGGUCCUAUUGUUCCAAGCCCUGCGGGGGAGGGAAGCAGUACCUGCGGUACGGCUGCAGAAGAAGAGUGGACGGUAAGAUGGUCCACAAGAGCUUCUGUAACAAGUCCAACUUGAAACGUCGAGAAGACACCAGAGAAUGCAACCAGAAACCCUGUCCUCCACCAAUCUGGGUUACGGGCGAGUGGCAGAACUGCAGUAAGCCAUGCGGGAAGACCGGCCAACAGAUUCGCUCAGUCAGCUGCGUUCAGCCUUGUGAGAACAACACCACACGCGCUAUCCACAGUAAACACUGCAACGAUGACCGGCCCGAGGCCCGAAGACCCUGCAACCGACACCCCUGCCCUGCCCAGUGGAGGGUAGGACCCUGGUCACAGUGCUCAGUGACAUGUGGUAAUGGGACCCAGCAGAGGCAGGCUCUAUGCCACACCAGGGACAACACCAUUGGCCUUUGUCUGGACAGUAAGCCUGACACCAUCAGAUUCUGUCGCCUGGAUCCAUGUCCCAAGGGCUCAUCAGACCUGAGCAAGAACGGCAACAUCCUGAUCCAGUGGCUGUCUCGUCCCAACCCCAACUUCCCCAUCCAGAAGAUCUCCUCACGCCAGCGUUGUCAUGGAGACCGCUCAGUGUUCUGUCGUAUGGAGGUGUUGAGGCGCUACUGCUCUCUGCCGGCCUACCAACGCAUGUGCUGCAAGUCCUGCAGCAAUGUCACCGUCACAGAGUCUCCCCCCAACUUCACAUCUACCCUCACCCCCAUCAGCUCCACCCAGCCCACGGUUACAGCUCAUCAACCCACCACCAGCCUCAUCUUUGGCUUCACCGCUACCCAGUCCAUAUCAACUAUACCCACCACCAAUUCGACCUCUACCACUCAUUCCUGGACUGCUUCUCAUCCAUUUGCCUCCACCACCCCACUUCCUUCAUCCACUCCUGGUGACACUGGCCUUUCUCAAAGAACGGCUAUUCAUCCACUGUCCACCAUCAUUCCUAGCAUCUCUACCGUCUUUUCCACCGUCCCUAUGGUAACAUCCCCAGCAACCACCACAAGUUUCAGCCUUAAAGCUCCUCCUCUGCCACUGCCCACACCACACACAGGGGAUGACAGCACACACACAUGGCAACGAAACAUAACACACAGUCCAACGAAAUCAAGUCCAAAAAACACCACACACACUCUGCCAAAAACUGGUACAAAAAAGACAACUCUGGCAAAACCUUCUGCCAAAAAAGAAACUGCAGAGAAAGCCAAGCCCAAAAAGGAUACUCUACCAAAGAAAAACCUCAAAAAAGUAAAUCCGCCAGACACAAAUCCAAAAAAGAAAACCCUACCAAAAAAUGCCACUAAAACUGUUAUUCCACCAAAAAAUGUUGCCAAAAAAGAAAGCCUGUCAAAAACUAGUCCCAAAAAGAAUACUCUACCAAAGACUCUCACUAAAAAGAUAACUCAAACAAAGACUACAUCCAGAAAAGACACAGCACCCAAAACUACUCCCAGAAAGAAUAUUUCACCAAAAGUCAGUCCUAAAAAGAACACAGAGUUAAAGACCAAGCUGACAAAAAACACUCCAAAGACCAACCCAAAAAAGGAUGGCCCCAAAGCAGGGCCCAAAAACACUCAGGCAAAGAUGAAUCAGAAAAAGACCAGUCCACCAAAGAAAAAUCCAAAACAGAAAGCUCUUUCAACAACCCCGACAUACUACUCCACAGCUUCUACUUAUUAUACAAGUCUAGAAUACUCAAGGGACUACCCGUCAGCUACAGCUCCGAGCUCGCCUUUCACGCAGUCAAGAAUCAACGUCACCAACAUCAGCAACGACACGGCAACUCCAAACGAUACUCCACACUGGUUCUAUGACAGUACAGACGCUGUGCCCACAACUCCCAGUGCAUUCACGCUUGAUGAUGUCAUGACACCAACCGGAACCAUUUAUUUUGAAGAUGUCACAAUUCCCAGUGGAGCUGUGCCCUAUGGUGACGUCACGGUGUCCAGCAGCGAUGAUGCCACAGUGACAAGUGGGACUAUCGUCAGCGAUUAUGACAUCACAAUGUCUGUGCCCUAUGUCGAUGUCACGGCAAUCAGCAAAACUGUCCUGCUAGAUGAUGACCUCACCAUGGUAAUCCCUACUGUCCUCAGAGAUGACAUGACAGAUCUGACCACCUCACCUUGGCUCGACAUGACAGAGUACAUCCCCGUUAGCAUCACCAUUCCCUUUACAACGUCACACCCGACCACAGCUCGACCUCCAACUUUCACAACCCCACCUGUGAAAGCCAUUCAAACAGCCACCACGUCAACACUACGGCCUCAGAGUGGAGCACAUGACACUGGCGAAAACAACUCUGUUGACAUCCCAUACAACCGGAUCAUUGGUGUGGACAAUGACAUCUCUCAGAACAACCUGAUCCCGAGACGCCGGGUCAAUCUCCGGGAGAGAACCAGGAACAAACGCAUUCAGGAGCUUCUCGAGGAGAAACGGAACUUUCUCCUCAGGAUGAAGAGAGGCCAGGCAGCACGAUAG